AUGUUCCAUGACACAGUGGCUACUGAGACUGAAUUCUUCAGAGUGAAAGUUUUUGACACAGCCCUAAAGAACAAGUUCAUCCCACAAAAGAUCAUCACCAUAUCACAUUAUUUUGGUGCCAAUGGGUUUCUGGAGAUUUAUGGAGCCUCUUGGGAAAUGGAAGUGGUGGUCUAUGGACAACUGACUAGUAUCAAGUGUGAGCCAGACAAUAAACUUCGACUUUUCUGCUUUGAAUUGACCUCAAGAGAAGAUACAUGGCAGCUGAAAUAUGUAAGGCACAGUUACAUGCAGGUGGUCAGUGCCAGAAGGAGAGGCACUCACCCCUGA